AUGUGUAUUUAAGAACAAGAAUACUUGUUACGUUAUUUAAGAACAAGAAUACAUGCUCGCACGACAGUUUUAACCGUUGAUAAUCGAAGUAAAGGUUAGGUUGUGAAAAUGUAGGAAUGUUCAACGUAAAUAUAUAUAUAUAUAUUUUUUUUAUCGAUAACGAUUAAAGUGAAAUUACUUGAGAAAAUAAACAAUCUUUGGUAAUAAUGGAUUGCGCGGCGACACAAAUAUACGAGGAAGACAAGUGCACACAAAGUAUUUCACAAACAUUUGAGGAAGAUGAAUUAAUUCAGGUUGGAGUAUUAAGUAUUGGUUCUACUGAACAUGAAAUUAAGAAAGGGACCACAAAAAUUGGUAGGCUUAGUACCUGCGAUAUUUUCAUCAAUGAACCAACGGUAUCAAAAUUACAUGCAGAGAUCGAAGUUCUUACGGGGGAAACAUGGAUCUGCGAUUUACUGUCUUCUAACAAGACGAAGCUUAAUAAUUCAGUACUACGACCGGAACGUUUAUACGAAUUGAAAGAUGGAAAUGUCCUUGAGUUCGGUAAAGUGCGUGCCGUUUAUCGCACUUAUCGCCCAACAAACGACGUAGUGAUACCGGAAACACCCGCACCAACACGUGAAAAAGUUACUGGAGCAAUAAUUCCUAACACUCCGGAUUCGUCUGUCAACAAUUCAUCUACCGCGAACGAUGAUGGUUCUAUUAUUCUCGGGACACAAGCAGAUGAAAGCUGCGUCUUCCGACGGCCACAGCUUCCAGAUCAACGUCAAUCUACAAGCGCAGACAAACAAAAUAUAUCCCGCGACGACUUUGCGAAUGAGAGUGAUUCGCAGAUUGAUAUGCAAUUACACCUGUCUGUUAAUGAUAGCAACAGCACCGAAAGGAUUAGCAUAUUCAAUGUGGAGCCUCAGAAGGACGAGGAAGGUCGCAUACCAAUGACGUCAAACUCUAUCCAUGAUAUGGAGACGCAAAGUGUUCCUGUGGACGCGUUAAAACAAGAAGUCGAAGCGAAUGCCACAGCUAAGAAGCAGUUGGCAAGAGCUGAUUUCAGCAGUGAAGUAACUGGUAAUUCAGCGAUAAAUAUCAGUGAUAUGGAAACGCAAAAUUAUACGAACGAUAACGAGCAACAGCGUAGCGAGAAGAGCGAAAUUAACAUUCCGAAUACAACAGCAAAAAGACCCACGAUGAAUGUGCAUGAUCUAGAGACGCAGAAUUAUACUGUUGACACCGCUCAAAAUACUCGAGAUACAAACGCGAAGAAAUCCAUGAUGAACAUACACGAUCUAGAAACGCAAAAUUACAAUGUUGACACUAAAAAUAAGACUGAGAUUCGGAAUAAUAAGAACAAAGCUCUGACUGCGAUUGUGAAUCAAGCGUCGAGCGUUGAACCUGAUAUUCACGAUAUAGAAACUCAGAAACCUUCCAACAAUGACCGCACUGGCGAAGAUAUAUGCGACAUGGAGACGCAGUUUGAGUUGGACGACGUUACAAAUGAGUUUAAUAGCCGCGCUGUUAAAAACAAGGACAAGAAUAAUGAUAUGCUGUUGUUAAGAGCGGAACAAGUUUCCAAGAGCGGAACGAAUUGCGACAACAAAACAAAGUCGCCGUCGGUUAGAUCCAGCACUCCGGGAUCCUUGAAUUUAUCUUCGCCGGGAAUCGACGAAGAUUGUCCGUCGUCUCCGUUGGACCAAAGCGCUCAUUUGCUCGAGACGUCGGAGUUAUUGGAGUACUUCGGCGAUGGGAUCGACAAAUCGGAAGAAAUGCAAAAAUGCAACACGUCCACGCCGAAACCGACGUGCUCGAAAACGUUAUCGAAGAAAGGUCACUCAGGGGACACGGCAAGUGUGCCGGAUAAUGAAAACAGGGAGGAUAACAUCUAUGACAUUCCCACUCAGUGCAUCAGUCGCAAGUUGAGAAGCUCUUCGUCGGAUGACUUUGAGACCGACAAAGAGAAAAAUGCGACUGCGGGGCGCAAAGUUUCGAAGAAAGGACGCCGCGAGAGGUCUCAGUCGAAGCAACAAAUCAACGACGACUCGGAAACGGACGCGGAGGAAUAUCUGGAGGAAUUUGCCAAGAAGCAGGGCGGAUCUUCGGAAAUUCCGAGCAAGUCGCACGAUGAGAACGUGGAAAAUAGAGAUUUGGCACAAGUAGAUCCGAACACAAGUGUCGAUUCCGACGAUAUGUUUGAUAUGCUUACGCAACGACCGGAUAAUCAUUCCAUCGAGAAUACAUCGGACUCGCCAAUGAAACAGCAAACGAAAACCAAUCGAACUGAUGCAAUUAUCGACGACAUGGCGCCAACGCAGAAAAAUAAGGACAAGCGCGAUCGGGACGAUUUAUCCGACGUACCAUCAGCAGAUAUCGACGACACAGCGCCAACUCAACUCAUCUUGCCGCGCAAAGUUUCUCCAAAAGCUGCGAUUGGUCCAAAGGAUUCUUCGCGGAAAAGCGGUCCAGAUGACGUGGACAAUAAGGAGGCGCCUACGCAGAUUGUACAUGCGAAUUCCAAUGUAUCGGGAUCAAGUGAUAGUCGCACGCCGCUAAAUGAUUGCGAGAAUAUAGAUUACGAGACGGCGUCCACUCAAGUAAUUGGCGAAGUUACCGAAAAGAGGAAUUCAACGACUUCCGAUCACGCGAAAGUUGCCAAAUCUUCCAAGGUGGAUUUACAUGACACUUUAGAACGGAAUCUCGAAGAAAUGUUCGACGAUGUAAAUAAUGAUAGCAUUCAUGAGCCUCAGCUGAUGUCAACUCAGUGUUUGGAAGAUAUUCUGCAGUCUUCGCAAUGUAACGACGAGAUGCUUUCUGAUAAAAGUACCGUCGACGACAAUACAUCCACGAAUAGUGUGCCGCAGGUAAAGUCGGGGAAGAAGAGCGAUCAUCUCUCACACAACGUAAAAAACAGCGAAACAAACGGUAAAGGUGAAACAGACGAGACAGAUUCACAAAAUUCAGAUAUAUCUUUGGCUGCUCUCACUGCAAAACGGCAGGAAAAUAUCAUGAAAGAUACGAGGGAGUUUAUAGAUGCCAUGCAAAACAUAAUAACUUCUUGUCAACUUUCUAUAACCCCAAGGAAAUCUAAAACGAAGAUCAAGAAGAUUGAAUUUAGCCCAGUUGUAAAAUUCGACAGAAAACAAAAGGAAACUGCGAGAUCUAAAAGAAGUAAAUCCGAUGCAACGACGAAAGAUGCGAUCGAUGAUGUCGCGAGCAAAAGCAUCUCAGGCGAGGAAAACAAACGAUCGAAAGGUCGGAAGAGAGAAACCGUUGGAAGGAAAAAAUCAGUGAAACGGAAAGAUGGGACUGCAUCGAAAACGAGCAAACAAAGAUCUCCGCAAGGAGAUUCAUGCAACGAUGAAGUCAAUCGUACAAAAACCGUUGGAAGGAAAAAAUCAGUGGGGCGGAAAAAUAGGACUGCAUCGAAAACGAGCGAACAAAGAUCUCCGCAAGGAGAUUCAUGCAACGAUGAAGUCAAUCAUACAGAAGAAGAAAACUUGACGAACGAUCUCGACAUUUGCGCACCUUCUUCAUCAAGAAAUAAAUAUCGAGACGAUGACCUCCUAACACGCCUGCCCGACGUCAGGAUAUCGGGGACGCUUUCAAAUCCACCGAGUCCUUGCUCGUCAACGUCGAUCAUGCACGGUGCCGUGUCUAAACCAGAUGAUGCAACAGGUAAGAAGAACUUUGUAAGGCCACAAAGUAAACAAAAAUCGGCGCAAACGCCGAUGACAUUGCACGAAAGUGACGAUGACAUCCUAACACGCCUGCCUGCCGUUAGGAUAUCGGGAACGCCCUCAAAUCCACCGAGUCCUUGUCCGUUGACGUCGAUCAUGCACGAUCAUGCUAUGUCUAAGCCAGAUGAUGCAGCAGAUAAGGAGAAAGAAAGGCCACAAAGCAAACGCGAAAUUCAUGAAAAACAGCAAACCUCAUCUCGUCGGAGAAACCGUACCGAAAAUCUGAGUGCUACAAAUAAGUCACCGCUAUUAUCGCAUGAUAAUCGCUCCAAAGCUGUCAAUCCUAAGAGAAGUAACAGAAUAGCUGACACAAUGUUAGAAGUUACGAACGACUCUGAGGACUCGGACAGUUCAACGAGUUACAAAAGAUUCAAACAAAUGGCAGACAGAAUGUUAAACAGCGAGCAGGAUCACUUGGAUAAGCAAGACAAACUCUCCAUAUCUCGUAAGAAGAAAGGUACCGGUUCUUCACUCAACGUUCCCAAAAAUUCGAAGCAAAGUGCUGAUUCGAACGAGUCAGAAGGCCUUGCACGAAGCACUAGAAGAGCAGCGCGUUACACGAAUAGACAGGACAACGAGAACGCUCAACCGAUGGAAGAAGCUCACACGAUGGACGUAAUUGAUAAAUCUACGAAAGCAAAAACGAGGUCCACAGCAGCCAACAGAAAGAGAGGUCUUAACAUAAUGGGCGAGAAUACAGAGCUCAGUUCCGAGGUUAAUUUGAAGAGACGUAAAGCAGACCAAGCAGUCAUCGAGGAAUGUCCGGUUUCUAGACGUUCCAAAAGAAUUACGGCAAAAACGACUGCAGGUGUACAGUCGUCAAAUAUGCCUGAAGAUACCGCGAAAGCUGGCUUACGCAAACGUUCCCCGGAGAUUGUAAAAUCAAAGCUUUCCGAAAAUGAUCCCGAGAAAGUUCAGAUCGCGGCGAGAAGGACUCAGAAAGUCUCCUUCUCAAUAGGCUCAACAACAGACGAAAAUAUCGAUGUCGCGAAAAUCAGCGUUAGUACACGAAGUAGACGUAAGAUAAACGCUGGAAAAACCACGACAAACGUUAACGAUAUAGUGAGCGAGAACACCAAUGAGCAAGCAAAAUCGAAGAUCGAGAAAAUAAAUAUGAUAUCUCGGUUACGAGAUAAGAUGCUACAGAUUACGGUUAAUCCCAUAGACGACGAAUCAGCAGAGGUAGAGAUGUUCAUGACGAGGAAAGUCUCGAGCAAUGUGCAGGAUAAAAAUUCGUCGAUCAGAGAGGGGAGCGCUGUCAGGACAUUGCGAAGCAGAUUGAACAACGAAAGCAGGAAACGUGUUGUUGACACGAGUACGACAACUGAUUCCUGCGCUGAGAUUGAAAGAAGCGUGUCGCCCGGUACGAGCGAUCACGAGAGCGCGCAGCCUGACAGUAUCAUCCCAACGAAAGAUAAACGUGGAAAACGCGCUAAAAGCGCUGCCCAUCCGUUGCAAGAGACGCAAAGGCCGGAUAAGAAGAAGGAAGUAAUUAAGAAACCUCUUCGUGUUGAUAGAUACCCGACAAAUUUGACUAACGACAUCGUCACGAAGAGUUCAGUGAGUGAUCCUCGAAGUCAAAACAGUUUGGAGACCAACGUUUCGCCGAGAAUCAGAAUUUCGAGAUCAAAGAUCGCAGAGAAAGCAGAGAAGAUCGAGAUGAAGGAAAGUACACGCAGAUCAAGAGCCGCGGACGCUAAUGUUUCUUUGACAUUAAACACAAGCGUAGAUUCGGCUCUUCGCACUUCCACGCCUUUCAAAACACGCAGAAGUUCAUCGGCGAUGAAUAUUUCCUCACCGUCCGCAGCGAGACAUAGAAUUCUGUUUACCGGCAUAGCGGAAGACAAGUACAGUAAAAUUGUCAAGAUGUUAGGUGGAUGCAAGAUGGAAAGCGUGAAUAUGUGCACCAUCUUGGUCACCGAUAAAGUUCGCAGGACGUACAAAUUCUUGUGUGCACUAGGAAAGGGUAUACCCAUAGUGUCGAUCGAUUGGCUACACGAAAGUGAAUCUGCUGCACAAUUUUUAGAUUGGGAGAAUUACAUAUUGAAGGAUCCAGCAGCGGAAGCCAGAUUCGGAUUCAGAUUGAGGAAGAGUCUUGAUAAAGCUAAGGAAAAAGGAUUAUUGGUUGGUUACACGAUUGUAUUAACGCCGAACAUCGCGCCGCCACCUUUGGAAGAAUUAAAGGAUAUGAUAACGUCUUGCGGAGGUAAAGCUCUAUUACGUCCACCUGCCAGGUGGCCGGAAAAAGCGAUGAUAAUAUCUUGCAAGGAAGAUUUGCUAAACGCGAAAAAGUACCUUGCAAAAGCGCCCAAAACUGUUACUGUACAAUCUACGGAAUUUAUUUUAACUGGUAUUUUAAGGCAGGAGAUAGAUCAUAAUAAAUAUAAAUUAAUAUAA